CGGCUAUUUCCCGUCUAGGACCGCCUCCGCACGAGCUCAGAUCACACGGCACCGUUACCGAGAUUUUUGUAAAGAAUAAAGAAGAUUUUAAACUAAAUUAACAUUCGUGUUAAUGGAGUUAAAGUGAGAAGAACCCCGUUAGUGGUCGCCCAGAUUGUGUUUCCUGCUGGUGUCCUCAGAUGGAGUGAGUCCAACCUGUAAGAUAAUGGAGAAGGGUUUCUACAGAGGGAGAUGGAGUCAGAGAGCGCCUAGUGGCACACUACUGCUCCUCAUGUGCAUGUUCAUCCCCACUUUGACAUUGUUACAACUCUCAGAGGAGCCAAAGUGUCCAGAUGGCGACUAUCGUGCUGAAAGUGGAAUUUGUUGCAACAAAUGCUCUCCAGGUUUUAAGCUUGUACACAAGUGUUAUGCUUCAAAUCAGAGGAGUAACUGCACACCCUGUCCCGAGUCACAAUACAACGCAGAGAUGAACUACUCCCCAACCUGCAGAAGUUGCAGAUACUGCAAAACAGAAUGGAAUGAAAUAGAGGUCUCGCCAUGUGAAAGACACAGAAACGCUGUUUGUGGUUGUAAGGAUGGUUUUUACAAGUCCCUCAUUAACGCAGAUACGUUUCAGUGUCUCAAAUGCAGACAAUGUAAAACUACUGAGAAAGUACAGCAGACAUGUACACCGAAGAAUAAUACUGUGUGUGAAUGUAAAGAGAAUCAUCACAGAGUCAACUAUAAGUGUGAACUCUGCAAAGAAUGUACCACUGAGUGCAAACAUCUCUGCUCAGCUUCCACUAAAAAAGCUCCUGAUCCUGGUACUCCUGGUGAAAAAUAUCUCGCAAACAUAAUAGGAGGAGCUGCAACUGUGGCGCUGGCAAUGAGUGUCGUGUUUGCUGUCAUCACCUACUUUGUAACAAAAAGAUCCACAAAGAACAAGUUGCUGAAAUCAUCCUCUGAAACAUCUGAAUCAUCUGAUGACUCUCAGGACUCCUGUGAGAGAGGCCUGAUAUACAACGAGCAGCAUUUAAACAACAGUGUUGAGGCUGUUCCUCAAAGUCCUCAGAGUGAUCCAGAGCCGCCAAAUCCGCCUGACUGUCCCCAACUGGAAAUCAAGAUCUCUGACCUGAUCUACACAGUGCUGGAUAUGGUUCCUGUGCUCCAGGUGAAGCAGCUGAUGCGCUCUCUCGGUGCGAGGGAUACGGAUAUCGAACGCGCAGAGCUGGAUUACCGAUCAUCUCGAGAGGCUCACUACCAGGUCUUAAGGAUGUGGGCCGAACGAGAGUCCAGUGCGGUGGGCAGAGGAAGAAGAUGUGGAAUACUGCACGAGCCCUUACUGCAGGAGUUGUUGGACAAACUAAGAGAGAUGCAUCUGGGACGGGCGGCCGAGGAGCUGGAAACAAAAUACGGCAUUCAGUGAUUUAAGCAAUGCCUGCCAAGUGGAACCAAAAGCUUAUGAAACCAAGUAUUGUUCUUCCUUAGAGACUGCUUCACGGUGCUUCAAUCAAAGCAGUUUUAUUUCACAGCAGCCAGCGUCACUGAAAACUCUACCUCUCCUCCUGCUACUCGCUGAGAUGACAGGGUCAAACUACUGAGAGCAACAGAUCAAAUGGUUCAGGAAAGAGGGGUCACUAAAAAUGUGAAUUUGUACUAAUUGUGCCAAAAUGUAUAAAGAGCUUUGAGCAUUUUCUAUAGCUAUAAAUAAUCUUCGAGGGAUAAUGAGACUUUCUGGGAACAAGGGUUUUCCUCCAUUGCACAGAUUUAGACUAGAUCAUUCUCACUCUGCACAAUAACAAAGCUAAGCCCCACAGCAGGUUUGCAUAUCUUGGCAUAAAGUCUGGAAACAGUGGCAUGUGAACAUCUCUACAGGUUUUAUCUGGUUUUCAAAAUAUAGCAAAUACUAAAUGUAAAGCCAAAAUUUGUGAUUUUACAAUGAGUCAUGUGCUAAAACAAAAAUUGUCUGUGAGCUUAAAACUCUAGUGUUAAAGGUGGUCCAAGGAUCAAUGCCAGCUGUUUUAAGUAUCCAAUUCUUCUAAGGUAGCUAAGCCAACAGACUCCAGCUUUGGAUAGACGAUAAUACAUAUGAGAUGUAUGAGAUGAGAUGUAUGUUUAACUUUACAAGUGAGUGUUUAUUUUAAAAAAUUCUCUGAUGUUGGUGAACUCUCCUUUAAGAUGCGCUGUUUUAUGUAUCACUUUGCUUUAGGGAAUGCAUUAGGAAAUAUGAGAAAAUAAUGGAAUUUUAGGAUUUCAUACAGGACUGUUCAUGUUUAUUAUAAAACAUGCAUUUAUGAUAUGAUGACUGUAACUAUGUCCCAUAUAUUUAUGAGGCUUUAUUGUCCAACAACCCUCUAAUCCCAAUUCUCUUUCAAAUAGAGGACUGAACUCUAUUAUUUUAAAUGUUUAAAUUGCACAGACAGGUGAAACAAGCACAAAUAGUCUUUUUGUACUUAGAUGGAACUGCAAAGUCAAAUACUGGCUGCUCAAGCAGAAAGUUAACAGGUAAUGUUUUAACAGUAGUUCCUUGUUUGAACUGUGGGAAAGACUGUAGACUAAAGGGAACAAUAACAAAGUGCGGGAAGUUUGCAGUUCCUACUCAGCAUAGCAUGGUGCAGAUCCAUGCCAUUUUUCACAGCCACAUUUGCAUUCUUCUCAGCCCCAUCAUUCAAGCAUUAUUCAUGACUGAUAAUUGUAAGAGGACACACCUUGUCUCAGAAUGCCUCUGCCAAAACAAUUUUAGUAAUACCAGUCUUGGCCUGCAGAUUCUGAUAUGAAUCAGCUGCACUCAAACAGACUGAGGACGUGUCGUUUGGAAGCACUUUUUAUCAAACUGUAUAUACAAACAAACAUUUCUUGAGGGAACAAUCAAUUUCUAAAAAAUGUUAAGCCUCAUACAAAAGAUGUGUUUAUACCAGAAUAAAAUCUUCAGUAAAUCAGU